AUGAAGACCGACAUCCUCCAAGUAGACCCUUCCCGGAUCGGGGAAAUCACCACUAGUGCCACGACAGACUCGCCCUUGGAUAAUUGGGAUAUCAAGUGGGCAGUCGGCACUCCAGACCUCGAAAACCUGCAGCGCGCAGCAACCGAAUUACGGACCACGAGCAUCCCCGUCGCCUUCCCCACCGAAACAGUAUACGGCUUAGGCGCAGAUGCUACACGCAGCGCGGCAGUCCGGGGAAUAUUCCAGGCCAAGAAGCGCCCUGUCGACAAUCCCCUGAUUGUGCACUUCUACUCGCUCCAGCAACUGAGAACGCUGCUCCAGCCCACCGAUGGCGAGGACCCUAUACCAGCGAUAUACAAGCCGCUGAUCCAGAAGUUCUGGCCUGGGCCUUUGACGAUUAUAUUGCCGAACCCCGCUGGCUCGGUCCUGGCUCCCGAAGUUACAGCCGGCCUGCAGACAUUCGGUGCGCGCAUGCCGCGAAGCCUGCUCGCGCUGUGUCUUAUAAAGCUGGCCGGCGUGCCGCUGGCUGCGCCUUCUGCCAACGCGUCUACGAGGCCCUCUCCUACGGCGGCGGAGCACGUGAAGGACGAUCUGGACGGGCGCAUCCAGACGAUCCUAGACGGCGGCCCAUGCGAGGUUGGUGUAGAAAGCACCGUGGUGGAUGGACUCAGCUCUCCGCCAUCGAUCUUGAGACCUGGCGGAAUUACCUUGGAGCAGCUCCGCCAAUGCCCAGGAUGGGAAAAUGUGGUCGUGGGGUACAAGGACAAGCCUGAACAAGGGAUACAGCCGAGAGCCCCUGGAAUGAAGUAUCGGCAUUAUUCUCCCAAGGCGACUGUUGCGCUGUAUGAAGCGGGCGCUGGACAGCCUGAUCUUGCUACUAUGCUGGGUUACGUAGGGAGGACGUCUAGGAUUGGUAUUAUUAGGACGAAGCUGUGGAAGCCUGCGUGUGGGUUGCCUGUUCUCGACGGCUCGAAAAACAUAGAGAUCUGGGAGAUCGAUCUAGGAGCGGCCACCGCAGGAGUAGCGCGAGGUCUAUUCUCCGCUCUUCGCGAACUCGAUAAACACAACGUCGACGCCAUCUUUGUAGAAGGCGUCGAUGACACCGAAGGCGACAUUGCUACGGCGGUCAUGAAUCGAUUGAGGAAGGCUGCGGAGGUAAGGAUAUAG